CUUCGGGUCACAGACACCUGGGAGGGAGGGGUCGGCUCCGUCGCACGGUCCCGCACAGCUGCAGCUCCGGCUGGACAGGGAAGGCCAGGGCUCUGGGUUCUGCUGAUGCCUCCCGAGGCUGACAGGUGAGAUCUCCAGAGGGACACUCCUGUUUGCCUUCUAUCUUUAACCGUGUACCUGAGAUUUCCCCCGACACAUCCAAAGUCCAAGUCCAAGAGUGCAAGGCCCAGAAGGAGGUCAAGAUGGGGUUUAUAUUCUCGAAAUCUAUGAACGAAAACAUGAAAAACCAACAGGAGUUCAUGGUUACACAUGCUCGGCUUCAGCUGGAAAGGCAGCUGACCAUGCAGAAUGAGAUGAGAGAAAGGCAAAUGGCUAUGCAGAUCGCCUGGUCUCGGGAAUUCCUCAAAUAUUUUGGAACGUUUUUUGGCAUUGCAACCAUCUCUUUAGCAACUGGAGCACUAAAGCGAAAGAAGCCAGCCUUUCUCGUUCCUAUAGUCCCGCUGAGCUUCAUCUUCACCUACCAGUAUGACCUGGGCUACGGAACUCUUCUACAGAGAAUGAAAAGUGAAGCUGAGGACAUAUUGGAAACAGAAAAGACGAAGCUGGAGCUGCCAAAAGGACUGAUCACCUUUGAAAGCCUUGAGAAAGCCAGAAGGGAACAGAGUAAACUCUUCUCAGACAAAUGAAGUCACAGUUACCCUCAGAGCACACAUCGUGUCUCCAAAGCACAAAGUUGUUGGCUUGAAUCAUGGUGUUUACAGUUUUUUAAAUGAUCAAGAUUUUGAUAUGAUGCAUUUUUAUUUUAGAAUAUUAAAAUUCAAAAUGAAUUUGUUGAACUAUUUUAAAAUAAAAUUUCUAACACUCCACCAAAUCAUGGCAGUAUUCUAAAUAGCAUUCAAAUUUCUUGUGUGUAUGUGUGUUUUAUAAGUAUUCAA